AUGACACAAACUACAGCAGCAGAUUGUAAAAUCCCUGAAGUUAGUUAUCUUGGAACACAAAACGUGACAGAGCGAGGGUUUGAGUGCCAGGCGUGGGACAAACAGUAUCCACACAGACACAGCUACGGAUCCUACCCCGGGGCUCGUGAGAAUUAUUGCAGAUAUUUUGAUUCUGACGAACCGUGGUGCUUGACAACGAACAGAAAAGUGGUCUGGGAUCGGUGCAUAGUGCCUUCGUGUGGGGUAAAUGUGACAGCGAAUUCUUCCUCAUGUGCGUCUAUCGAUGAAUUGGAUAUAUCUGAACUGAAGAACGAAAGAAGUUGUGGAUCCUACUGCAACUGGAUUAGAACAACUAUAAAUGACGCAAUAACAAAAAGAAAUCUGCAAAAUGGACGUACAUGUGGAAUUCGGGACAAGAAGAAAAUAGUUCGUAAACACGAGCAGCUUCUUCAAAGGGGCACCUAUACACCAUGGAUGUGCUCCAUCUCAAUAUUUGACGGCAAUAAAGAUGGUAAGUUUUACCAAAUAAUCAUGGUCUUUAAAACAUUUCAAAGCCCGAAUUUAUUUUUUCAGUUGAAGCAAUUCAUAUGUUGUAGUAUUGCAUUACCCCAGAACAUCAAGACCCAGGCUUUCAAUGGAACAAGGAAAUACUCAGUAAAUCACUAA